AUGCUAUCACUCGCUACCCGUGGUGGGCGUGCCGCUGUCAGGGCAGCGCCAGCCUACUCGAACGUCACCAAGUACGGACAUAGUCGAAUGCGUCACAUUUCUGGCAUGCCCGCGAACCAGGCCGCUGUUUCAGCUUCUGUUGAUGUGUCAGCUAUGCCGCCCUACAAUAAGCCGGAAAUCCCUGUGUACAACGAGCUCAACGAGUAUUGGCGUAUGCUGCCGCCCUUCAAGGACGUCGGCUCUGACGACUUCCUAUCCUGGCGCUGGAGCACGAAACUAACCGGUGAUGGUGUUCAGAACGUCAUCGAGAAGAAAGAGAAACUGUACGAAUUCCUCCGUAAGGUUCUCCCUCCCGAGGUGCCACGUAGGGGAUAUGCGAACGGCAUGCAGAGCCGCGAGGAGUUCGAGGGUGAUAUAGCAUCUGGGAUCAGAGCUUCCACCAUGUCGCUCCGCGUCAUGCCAUAUGUGCUGAGCAGAAUCAACUGGAACGACCCGGCCAACGAUCCAAUCUUCAGGCAAUUCAUCCCCUUGAAGUCGGUCAUGAUGCCAGACCACCCGAUGGUCAACCAUGACUCUUUGGGCGAGCGGGCCGAUUCACCGGUUGACGGCAUUGUACACCGCUACCCCGACAAGGCCCUGUUUCUUCCUCUCUCGGUGUGUCCCACGUACUGCUCAUUCUGCACGAGAGCGUAUGGGGUUGGCGCAGACACAGAGCUGGUCACCAAGGACUCGUUCAAGCUUGCGCGGACACGGAUCGAGAAAUCUUUCGCCUAUAUCGAGAGCCAACCGCGGCUCCACGACAUCGUCAUCUCUGGAGGUGAUGCUUACUACCUCCCACACCACGUCCUCGAGGAGAUCGGCGAGCGGCUGAUCAAGCUGAAGAACAUCAAAAGGUUUCGCUUUGCUUCCAAGGGGCUGGCAGUCUCGCCGAGUCGGUUCCUCGAAAAUGAAGACCCGUGGACGGCGGCGCUGAUACGCGUGUCGAAUAAGGCUAAGAUGGCGGGCAAGCAAAUGGCACUGCACACGCACUUCAACCACCCCAACGAGAUAUCCGAGGUGACGGAAAGAGCGGCGCACAAGCUGUUGUUGUCGGGCGUCACGGUUCGAAACCAGUCGGUCCUGCUUCGGGGCGUGAAUGACAAUGUCGGCACCAUGGGCACUCUCAUCAAUAAGUUGGCCGACAUGUCUAUCCAACCCUACUACGUAUACCAGUGCGACAUGGUGGAAAAGAUCGAGCACCUCCGGACCCCUCUGCAGACGAUCCUCGACCUCGAGUCGCAGCUGCGGGGGUCGGUCGCCGGGUUCUACAUGCCCAACUUUGUCGUCGACCUUCCGGGCGGCGGUGGCAAGCGGCUGGCUUGCAGUUACGAGUCGUAUGACCGGGAAUCGGGCGUAUCGACCUUCACUGCCCCGGCCCUGACGGGUAUUGGCAAGAAGGACAGGGUGUACACAUACCAUGACCCAGUGAGGUCCUGA